AUGCCUCCAGGCAGAGUCUGGAAUGCCGAGGCAGACGCAAAGCUCUUUUGUGGCGUUUUAGCCCAGUUGCAGGACGCGAGUCUCAAGCUUGACUACGAUGCGCUAGCCAAAUACAUGGGUCCUGACACCGUUGUAGGCGCCGUGAGGGGAAGGAUGCAGAGGCUCAGAGCCACUGCUAGGGCGGAGGGCCGUUCUACCCCCAGCGCCGGCCAAGCUUCUUCCCCUGUCUCUGCCCCAGAUUCCGCAUCGCCUUCCGUCAAGCGCAAGCGGGCCACCGGUCCUCGCACCCCUCGCACCCCUCACACCAAGAAGCCCAAGAACGGCCAGGGAGUUGAGAAUCCUCCCGAGGUAGAAAUAAAUCCCCUCGUUGCGAAGGAAGAGGGCGAAGAGGCUCUGGUCGUCAAGACCGAGGGAGCAGAAGAGGCAGAAACUGCCAUCAAGACCGAUCCUGAGGAGACCGAGGAUGACCCCUCGAUGGAUGUUUGA